GUUUCGAAUGGAGUUGAACAGUUACGGACAGAUUGCCGCGUUAGUUGCUACGCUUUCGUGAAUAAGUUAUGUUUUGCUUAUUUGGUUUUUAGCGUUAUAGCUUUCAUUAAGCUAUUAUUGAUUCUGGCCUAAAUAGGAGCUCGAAUCGGCCGAUUAAGUGAAACUACACACGACUACGCUAAUAUUUUACGGUUCGUGUGUGUGUGAAUAUAGAAUUUAUAGAAUUCAAUUCCGAACACUAACUACUUACUUUUGAAGAGUUAAUGAGCGGUGUGAACGUGAGUAAUAUAAAAAUUUGUGGAGGCAGAAAAGAUUUUUCAUUAUGUAUGUGUAAUGCGUAUAUCUGUAUGUAUUUGCUGAAAAUAAAAUAAAAUAAAAUAAAAACCGUGAAGUGAAGCUAUGAAGUUUAAAAAGUAUAUUUUUUAUAGCAAAAAGCAGUGUAAAAGUGAAUAAAAGACCUGAGCAAUGUGCUGUUGAAUACAUAUAUAUUAUAUGUGUGUAUAUAGUAUACAUAAAUGCACUUGUGCUGCCGUAUCUUUUAUUAUAAUAGGAAAAUAUAACAUUUUGAAGACGAAUUAUCGAUUAGAGCUUUAAAUUUUUCCAAACGAGCUACAAGAAACUGUUAACAGUAUUAACAGUCGCUAAAAUGACCUGCCAACACAGAACGUACGAGUUAAGUUCGAAACUGAACUGAACGCCAACAAUAUAUACAUAAAAAAUUAAAAAACAACGACAACAGCAACGACUGCUGCAAAACCUGCCAAACAAGUUGACUGAAAAAUAAAAUAAAAACGGUAACAAACUAACAGCUACAUACAUAUGUGUUUAUGUAUGUUAAAAACCUGCGAAGCACAGUGCCCAAUUGAAAGAAAAAUUCAAAAAGUUAAUAUGUAAGAAAAGCUACUAGUAAUGUAUUUGUGAAGUGAGUAUGAAUGUGUCCAGGUGUAACACGAAAUGAUAUUGAGAAUAAAACUAAAAAUAAAUAGCAUGAAAAGUAUGAAAGAAACGACUACAAUACUGCCUGUCAACGAAUUUAAAAUUCCCCCUGCAUGAAUGAUUCUCUUGGCUUAAAUAGUGAAACUAAAUCAGACCACUUAUUGACAUUGACGUAUUUUGCUCCGCACUGUGACACAAACGUGAACGAAAAAAGUGAGCUUAAGGGAAGUGCAGCUCAGUAAAUGUUGCUGAUUCACACCUUGAUAUACCCUGUGCCCACCUCACCAGCCAAUCAAUCUUUAAAGUUUCCUGCUCACAUAGAUAUAUCGCCCACGUCGUCUGCAACUGCAAGACAAUAAUAGACAAAGACUACAAGCAGAAAACAUAAUAGGAACAACAGUUUGUGGAGAGUACAGAGUAGAGGCAUCACAAGGUAUUGAUUGGGGCCAAAUAUUUGCUCAAGUAAAUAGAAGUAGAGUGCUGUUGGAUUUUAAGUAAGUUUGUGGACUGAGUCCGUAGUGAAGGUGGCAUUUUAUAGCGAAGGCACUGAACGACGUUGGGUGCGCCAAGCCGUCAUGGGGGUACUUAGGUGGCGCGAUCUACCCGGAUCGCGAACUUCAGUCGGAAAUAAUAACAACAAUACUAGUGGUGGCAAUAACAACAAUCGAGAGACUCACAAUCGAGAUCCGAAUGAUGAACGGGUACCACAUCCGCACGAGAGCAACCCCCUCUCUGGCCAAUCUGGCAAUUUCAUGCACCACAAUGGCCUGCAACACUCAGGUUCGCGUUCCACAUUGCGUCAUUCAAUUUCUGCUGCUGCCCCGAGCUCCACACCUGCUUCCCCACAGCUAAGUGGCAUUGGUGCCGUUUCAAGUACAGGAAAUGGUAUUGGCGCUGCUAACCAGUUGCUCUCCAAUGGCCAGCAUUAUCAGUCGCAGUCGUCAGUCUCCUCACAUACAUCACAGUCAUCGAUUGUUUCUAACAUACCUUCCUCCCAACGCUUAUUGGAGGAUGUACUCGCCAAGACGGCCCCGUAUCCUAUGAUUAUUUUGCCACUCCACGGUGGCUACUGGGUUGAUGGCACCGAGCAUGAGUGCUCAUUUGAUGCUCGUGGGAACCCGAUGUUACCACAAGCCACCUGGAUGGCCAAAUUCGAGACAGACGAUACGGCAAAGUGUUAUCGACGAUUUUAUGCGGCGCGCGAGCACUCAAAUCUUGUCGGUGAGGAUGAACAAGCUGGUCCAGUUCUGAUUUCCAUAAAGACAGAGAAUGUAGCAAAUCAAGACCAUGCACGCAUUCUGCUGCGUCUACGCACUGGUACUAUGCAUGAACUCAUACCAAUGUCAUGUAUGGAACCAAAUCCGACACCUGCAAAGAUGGUGCGAUUGCUGAAUGAUCAAAUCACAGUUGAGAACUUUGUACCAGUAUUAUGUUCAAAGGCAUCUCAAUUAAUCGGCGCCUACGAUGAGCAUGUGCUCGUUUCUAGUUUUAAAUUCGGUGUGUUAUACCAAAGAUAUGGGCAAACCACAGAAGAGGAGCUCUUUAGCAACAACAAUUCAUCGCCAGCUUUUGAGGAAUUUCUAGAUGUUUUAGGUCAACGUAUUAAAUUGAAAGACCACAGGGGUUAUCGGGGUGGCUUGGACAUACAAAAUGGACACACCGGUGAUACAGCUAUCUACGAGGUGUUCAAGGAACGUGAAAUCAUGUUCCAUGUAUCGACAAUGCUGCCCUACACCGAGGGUGACCCACAGCAAUUGCAACGCAAGCGGCACAUUGGCAAUGAUAUCGUUGCGAUUGUAUUCCAGGAAUCUAAUACUCCAUUUUCUCCCGACAUGAUUGCCAGUCAUUUCCUGCAUGCCUUUAUUGUAGUGCAACCGCUUGAGCCGAAUACACCGAAUACGCGCUAUAAGGUCAGUGUUACAGCACGUGACGAUGUACCAUUUUUCGGACCAACUCUUCCUAACCCAGCAGUUUUCCGCAAAGGACAGGACUUUAAAGAGUUCAUUCUGACUAAGUUGAUCAAUGCGGAGAAUGCCUGCUACAAAGCAGAUAAAUUUGCGAAGUUGGAGUUGCGCACACGCACUUCGCUUUUGCAGAGUUUGGUAGAGGAAUUAAAAGAUAAAACGCGAGAUUUUCUAGGUACGGAUUUGACGAAUGGGACGACCGUCAGUCCAACACCUGAAACACCAAAGUCAGAGAAUAGCACAGCCGGAUCACGUUUUAUUGACACCGUUAAGAAAGCGCUCAUCUCACGUGUACGCUCACACAGUGUAGAUACUUGUAAUAUUGCACCUAGCGUAGAGAAAUUUAGCGUAUCGACAAAGAUGAACUCGUCUGCUUCAACGAUGGCUUCGAAAAAGGACAACAGUCUAACAGAGACCCCGAAUUUGAACUCAUGCAAUCACACCACUUCAAAAUCCUCGUCAAAAUCAAAAUCGUCGAAUGAUUCAACCUCUUCAUCGCCUGAUAUAACUUCUCGCGGUCCACUGAGCACCAGCAAUACAAUAAAUAAUAAUUAUGCAAAUGCGGCCAGUGGUGCCUUAAUCAAGGAUGCUCAGCACUGCAGCAACUCUUCGGCAGCAGUCAAUGAGGGCGUGGAAGUUGCUACUAUGUCGGAGACUAGCGACGACUCCAGUCUAAAUAGCGUGGAUCUAGACCCGAUUAUUGGGCAAAUAGAUGGUGGUGCAAUUUAUAUAGACAGUGAUACGGGAUUGGAAUCAAUGUCUUCAGCGGAAGCCCUGUCAUCAACUAAGGCAGCCUGUUCGUUGUGUCUAGAUGGAUCGCAAAGUCUCAUGGGUUCUUCGCCGAGAAACGAAACGUGUGUCACUAUUGAGAACUUGAGGCAGGAAGUCACAAGGCUAAAGUGCGAUAAACUAGAUUUGCUGCGACAGAAUGUGAACUGUCAGCGUGACAUCAAACGCUUGCGUGAGCGUGAGCUUUCAUUGCAAGGCGAUUUAGCCGCCGCGGGUAAGGAAAUUCUGAGAUUGCGCGACCUGUUAAAAGAGUAUAUGCCCGAUUCAGCAACAGCGCCACUAUCCUCCUCACCAAUCUAAAGGGCGGUGCGUGGUUUACGGCCAUCGUUAUUAAGAGCUUAAAUUUGCGUAGCAAAUUCCGCAAAAGUAUGGUGCAAGAAAACAAGACUACAGGAGGGACCUUUUGUGCCGUGUCAAACACUCUUGUUGGGAGUUGGGAGCCCAAGAGCUUGGCUCUUAAAAAACUGUAUUAUAAAAAGUUGUUGAUAAUAUUGGCUGUAAGGAGUUUAUUGCGAGAGAGAUUAAAUGAAUUAAUUCAACACAAACAAACACAAAAAGUUACACCAAAAAUUUAAUGAUAAGUCUAUUUAAAUGUAGAAAAAUUAUUGAAAAGUAAAAAAUCUCACAAAAUCUAAAUCAUGUUAUGUACAUACAUACAUACAUAAAUUGAAAGAAGAAAAGAGCGAAGAAGGAAAGCAUUGUAGUGACAUCUAGAAGAAGGCGCGAUGAUAACGAAGAGAAAAUCUUGUAACUUCUUACAUCGUGAUGUUGAGUAUUUAACGAAAAAAUUUAUCUUUUGAUGUCAAUUAACAGAACCUGCAAAAAUAUUGUUUUUAAUUUUUAAUUUUUUUUUUAACUUUUUCAACAUAAAUUUGAGAAUUAGAAAUUAAUGAUUAGAGCAAGAAUUGCUUGCAAGGAACCAUUCAACGAUCGAUUAUGUUAUCACUAGUUCACGACAAGAAUAUGUGUAUAAGUAUUUUUAAGAUUUUUUUAUAAUCAAAUAACACUGCACUAUUAAGUUGAAUAAAUAUAACGAUUCAGUUCAAAGGAUCUUUUUGGGAUUCUUGUAA